AUGGACGCCAACAAAGUCAUCCGCACCGAGACCCGCGGGCCCAUGGUGAGCGGCAUCGCCAUUGGGUUCACGGUUGCUGCGUUUGUGGCGCUGCUCUUUCGAUUCUACACCAGACUGUUUAUGCUGAAGAAUACGGGAAACGACGACUGGACGAUUCUCGCGGCGACCGUUCUCUCUAUUAUCGUCACUAUUUCGACAGGUUACGAGGUCAAGAAUGGCAUGGGCAGACAUCAGGAGAAUGUGGGAGCGGAAGAAGGAAUUGAACAACUCAAGUUCCUGCUGGUCAGCGUCAUCUGUUACAAUGUAGGCAUGAACGUGAUCAAGAUCUCGUUCCUGUUCCAGUACCGCCGCAUCUUCAACCUCAAAUGGGUGCAGAGGAUCUGCUUCUGGACGAUGCUCUACGUGGGAGCCUGGUGUAUCGUCCAGGCCAUCCUCCUGGGCCUCUCCUGCCUGCCCAUCAGCUUCAUCCAGCCCAAGACAGCAGGCAUCUGUCUGGACACGCUCCCUAUUUGGUACUUUUCGUCCGGCAUGAGCAUGUUGUUGGACAUUGCCAUCUUUGCCAUUCCGCUGCCAGCCGUGCUCAAGCUGCAGCUGCCGUUCAAGCAGAAGAUCAUGGUCCUCGGUAUUUUCAGUCUCGGCUUCUUUGAACCCAACAGCGUCUGCGUCAUCUCCAUCUACCGCAUGUUCACCCUCAAGUCCGCCGUCGAGAGCACGGACCCGUCCUGGGAGAACAUCGGCGCGGCGAUCUGGUCUUCCAUCGAGCUCAACGUCGCCAUCAUCGCCUCGUGCCUGCCCACCCUGCGCCCUUUGCUCGCCAAGCUGCUGCCCGGCGCUGGUCUCUCAUCGGCUCGCAACGACCGCAGCACAUAUAUGCGGUACGGCUCGGCCUCGGCUGCCCAGCGCACCCGUGACAACAACACCAACAAGAAGAGGGUCACGCGCAGCAUCAGCACCGAGGAGCUCGCGCUCAAGGAGAUGGCGCCCAGCCCCGGCGAGAGCAUCCCCUCCGCCUACACCCAGAUCUCGACGAGUAGGCAGCACGACAUUGACUGGAGCGACAAGUCACGGAUCAUGGUUACUACGGAGACGUCGAUCAAGCGGUGA